AGAAAAAUGACUCUUGUCCAGCCCAGUCCCGAGCUUCAAACUUUCAUCAGGAAUGAACUGAAUGAAGAUGUCAGUACAAGAGAUAACGACUUGCAGUACAUAAAGGAUUGGCUUGCAAAACAACCGCAUUUGCCAGACACAUGGGAUGAACAAAGGUUGAUGACUUUCCUUAGAGGCUGUAAAUUUUCAUUGGAGAAGACCAAGAGGAAGCUAGACAUGUACUUCACCAUGCGUACAGCUUGCCCAGAAUUCUUCGCCAAUCGUGAUAUAACUAGACCAGAGUUCAAACCAAUAAUAGACAUAGGCACCAUCCCCCCAUUGCCAGGCCUCACCCCCGACGGUAAACGGGUGAUAGUUCUGCGAGGCAAAGACAAAGACGUCGAAACUCCCAACAUCGCCGACAUCAUGAAGGUGAUUCUAAUGAUAGGAGAUAUUCGCUUGGCUGCGGAAGAAACAGGAGUUGCUGGAGACGUUUACAUCUUAGACGCCAGUGUCGCCACCACCAAUCACUUCACCAAAAUCACUCCCGCUAUGGUUAAGAAAUUCUUGGUUUGUGUGCAGGAAGCAUAUCCAGUAAAGCUGAAGGAAGUCCACGUAGUAAACGUAUCACCAUUGGUAGAUACAAUUGUCGGAUGGGUUAAGCCCUUCCUUAAGGAGAAAAUUAAGAACCGUAUCCACAUGCAUUCCGACUUCGAGUCUCUAUACAAGUUCGUACCCAAGGAAGUGCUGCCAGAAGAAUACGGGGGAACUGCCGGAAAAUUACAAGACUUCCACGACGCAUGGAUCGAAAAGCUUAAGGAAUACACUCCCUGGUUCAAACAACAAGAAAACAUCAAGGCAGACGAAUCCAAGCGUCCUGGGAAACCAACAAACUACGAUGAUCUAUUCGGCUUGGACGGCAGCUUCAGGCAGCUCAAGAUCGACUAGAGCUAAUAAUCAAAUAUAACAUCAGUAUCUCUACAACCUUCUAUCCGUCUGUGAUGCCUGCAACAUUCCAUUAUCUCGAAUAUUAUUUAUUACUAAGAGCUGAUCAUAUCAUGGUGAACUUGUCUUCCAACUUUAAACUUUAAGUUAUCCUUAUUCUACGAUGUGAUACCAUGUAGCUGUAGAAAUACUUCGACUUAAAGUACCUUGCUUUAUACCACAUCACUUAGAUCGUAUACUUUUUCAACAAUACCAUGGAUUAAGGAAAUCUUGCUAAAAUGUUUCAAACUUAAGUAUGUUAAUUGGGUAUUGCUCUAGAUAAAUCUGUUAUUAUCAUAAAUAGUAUUGUAAUAUAUUACCAUUAUACUUAAACCCUCAUUUUAUAUUUGGGAAGAAAGUUAGGUCUCUCAUUAAUUUAUAGAUGUAAAAUCCACACUAAUGCAAUUUUAUAAAACUGAGCCCACUGAUGAAAGAAGUUGUUCUUUUAUCAUGGAAUCUGGAUUAAGGUUUUGUUUCACAUACAGAUGACUAAGACAUUUUGACCUACCCUUAUGCCGACAAUUAAAAUAAAACUACCAGCUACCUAAAGGUAUGAUAGUCCAUUCAAUGUGUGUAUCAAAAUUCAACCUCAUGUGUUCAGUCAUUCAGCUAUUAUCUAAGUUUAAGCUUCUUUGGUAAUUAAUAACAUCUAAUGUUUGUUCAUAAUAUCACCUUGUUGUAUUGAAACCAUUUCAAGUUGAGUACGUAUGCAUUAUAUUCUUUAAAACGAAACCCAUGCUAAGUAUCGUUACCAAAGUUAUUUACAACUUGCUAUUAGUGUUUCGUAUUAAUGUGGAUCUAAGCUUGUAAAUAGUUAAUAAAGGAUCAUACACAGUAUAUUUUUGAU